CUGUGUUUGCCUUCAGUUUAUAUAUAAGCGCACUUGGAGGGUGAAGAAAAGUAAAGAAAUAAGGCAUGGCAAAGAGUGAUGGGGAAGUGAAAGUUUUGGGAACAUGGUCGAGUCCAUUUGUGAUGAGGGCAAGGAUUGCCCUUAACAUCAAGUCUGUCAAUUACGAAUUUCUUCAGGAGAGGUUAUGGGAAGGUAAAAGCGACCUUCUUCUCCAAUCAAACCCUGUUCACAAAAAGGUCCCUGUCCUUAUUCAUGGCCAUAACACUAUCUGUGAGUCUCUCAUUAUUGUCCAAUAUAUCGAUGAGGUUUGGUCUUCUGCUCCCUCCAUUCUUCCUUUCGAGCCCCAUGAACGUGCCGAGGCUCGCUUCUGGGCUGCCCAUCUUGAUGAAAAGUGGUUCCCUUCAAUGAGAGCAAUUGGCAUGGCUGAAGGGGAGGAUGCGAGGAGAGCAGCAAUAGGGCAAGUGGAGGAAGGGCUGGUGCUGCUGGAGGAGGCAUUUGGUGAGUGCAGCAAAGGGAGGCCGUUCUUCGGAGGCGAUCGAAUCGGAUAUCUCGACAUCGCAUUCGGGUGCUUUCUAGGCUGGCUAAGAGUGACAGAGAAGAUGACCGGGAUCAGGCUGCUUAAUGAAACCAACACUCCUCAUCUGCUUAAGUGGGCGCACAGGUUCUGCUCUGAUGAUGCCGUUAAGGAUGUCAUGCCUGAGACUGAAAAGCUUGCGGAGUUUGCCAAGAUGAUUAUGGGCAGAAUGAGAGGAGCUGGCAAAUCUUGAGUUGGUUUAAGUUUGAAUAAGAAAUUGACAAGAAGGCAUUUGGUGGAUCUUUUACCAUAUUUUAUAUGUAAUUUGUACUUGUCGUUUUUCUAAAUAAUGUGACCAUUGGAUCCAUCUCUUUAAAA